AUGUCUACUGCAACUGUUAGUGCCGUGGCUGGUGCUGUGACAGCUUCGACGCCACUGGCACCGUUCUCAGGCACAGAAGGAAGCUACAUGCUACCUCAUCAUGCCCAAGAGAUUGAGAGGCUCCACCGCCAACACCUCUUCAUGAAUACUACCACGGGAGGUCAAUUGCUCGUAGUGCCAUCCAUACACGAGAAGAAGUCCUUGCGUGUACUGGACUCGGGUGCUGCUGAUGGCUUCUGGCUACGCGAUCUGCCUCGCCAACUCCCAUCACACCAUCUGGAGCUCUAUGGAGUCGACAUUGGAUCUGAUCUCUUCCCAGCACCAGAUGAGAGUGCGAUUCACAAGGUAGAGCUUCGGAGCCAUGAUGUCAGAACUCCCUUUCCACAUUCGUGGGACUGGUCCUCCAAAUUCGACGUGAUCAACCAGAGGCUGCUUAUCUGGGGUAUCCAGUCUGCCGAGUGGCCUCGUGUCAUCUCGAACCUUGUUGCGUCUCUAAAGCCUGGCGGCUAUAUACAGUUCGUCGAGGCUGAAUGGAUUGAUCCCGAUAAUUUGGCAGACGAGAAGACCAGGCCUCAACUGAGGAAACAAGCCGCUCUACAGGAGUGGUCUACCGCCAGCUUCGGUAUGGACAUCCAUAUUGCUUACAAGCUCGAAGGGCUCCUUCGAGACGCUGGCUUGGAGGAUGUUCGCAAGGUCCAGUUUAAUCAUGGCUAUGGCGCCCUCGCAAGAUCCAAGGACCAGAGGAAUGUGUCGGCUGAGCUCUGGGUCGAGUGCUUCAGGACCUUGGAUGAGAAGAUACCUGAAGGUGGCAUUCCUGGGGUUGCAGCGAAUUCGAAGGAGUUCCAUGAGUUCCUCGAUGCUUUAGAGGUCGAGAUUAAGACGUACGGCUAUCAACCUAAGCUCAAUUAUGUGUAUGGACGAAAGCCCUUGGCUUAA